AUGACUAAAUCGAACCCUAGCACGAAGAAAAGAAAUCUCACGCCAGCUUCAUCUCCCACGGCAAGGAUCGAUCUGGAGUACAUAGGUCAGAUCGCCGGCACAUCUGCUUCGAUCGAAGUACAAUUUUGUCUGUGGCAAGAAACUCUGUUGUUAAGAAUUAUAGAAAGGCUUGCUCGAGCUGAAAAGACAAGCCUUCUAUUUCAGGAGUGCAAUAUAUUUCAUCACUCUGACUUGUUUGAUGGAGAUUCUGGCAUCCAUUUCCAUAUAAGCAACGUUUCAGAAAGAACAUCACAUAGUUUGGCGAAAAAGCAGCUGCUCUUUGAGAAGCUACUCAACAACCAAGGUUUAGUUUCACUUCUUUGCCCAAGGCAACUGGCAAUAGCGCCUAAGACGUACGAUGAUGUCUGGGCCAAAACAUGGCUGAGUGUUUUUUAUGCGGUCCAUAAGAUUCUAACACUUACGGCUGCAAAUUAUGAGCCGGACACAGGUCAGCCCACAGAAAGGCUUGGGCCGACUCUUUUAGCCCCGUGA